CGUAAAUCACAGAGCGCGCGGCAAGUGGCCAGCGAUGCCUCCUGCACUCGCGACGGGCGCGCAACCGAGCCUGUAGUUAUCAGCUCGUUCGCGCCCCGCGCUCCCGUGAUCUGCCGCGUCGUCCUCCGCUGCUCCAUAUAAAAGCGCAAGCUCCAAAACCCAACCGAGAGUAGACUCGCAAGUCGCCAAGGCAAGUCACGCACGCGUUUCUUGGUGAGGAGUCGGGCUAAUUAGUUCACCGGAGCGUAGUAGGCGCUAGGCAAGGCAUGUCGUGGUCGGAGACGGACGCCGCGCUGUUCGCGGCGGUGCUGGGGCGGGACGCGGCGCACCACCUGGCCACCACGCCGCCGCACCUCGACGGGCCUGCGGCGUCGGCGGCGGCUCCCGAGCUCCAGGCGCGCCUGCACGACCUCGUCGAGCGGGGCGGCGUGUGGACGUACGGCAUCUUCUGGCAGGAGUCCCGCAACGGCGCCGGCGGCCGCGCCGUGCUUGGCUGGGGCGACGGGCACUGCCGCGACGGUGGGGCCCCGCUCGACGACGCCGCCGUCGCUGGGGAAGCCGACGCGGCGGAGAGGAGUGUGGCCCGGAAGCGCGUGCUUCUGCGGCUGCACGCGCUCUACGGCGGCGGGGACGACGAUGGCGCUGACUACGCGCUCCGGCUGGACCGGGUCACCGGCUCCGAGAUGUACUUCCUGGCGUCCAUGUACUUCUCGUUCCCGGAGGGCGCGGGCGGGCCUGGCCACGCGCUGUCCUCAGGACGCCACGGCUGGGCCACCGUGGACUCCCACCCGCUCGCCGCAGCGCCCGGAUGGUACGUCCGUGCGUCUCUGGCACGGUCCGCGGGCCUCCGCACCGUCGUCUUCCUCCCGUGUAAGGGCGGCGUUCUCGAGCUCGGUUCCGUCGCGGUCAUCUCCGAGACCCCCGAAGCCCUGAGCGCCAUCAAAUCCACCUUCGCCGUUCAUCCCGCAGCGCCUGAGGAAUGCAUGAGAAUCUUCGGUAAGGACCUGUCGCCCGGCAGACAAAGUGCGCCUGCGCAGACAACCGGACGCAACAUCAAUUGGACGCCAGUUCAAGCCACGCCGUCCGCCCCAGUCAAAAACGAGAUGGCCAAACGGAAGCCUUUGGAGCCACCCAAGAGCAUAGACUUCACCAAACCGGCAGCGCAUGGCCAGGCGGUUGGCGAGGAGCGGAGGCCGCGGAAGCGUGGACGGAAGCCGGCGAACGGGCGGGAGGAGCCACUGAACCACGUAGAGGCGGAGCGGCAGCGGCGGGAGAAGCUGAACCAGCGGUUCUACGCCCUGCGCGCGGUGGUCCCCAAGAUCUCCAAGAUGGACAAGGCGUCUCUGCUCAGCGAUGCCAUCGCGUACAUCCAGGAGCUGGAGGAACGGCUCCGUGGCGGCGGCACGGCGGGGCCGGCGCGGGCCGAGAGCCCGGCUGUCGAGGUCAAGGCAAUGCAGGAGGAGGUGGUGCUGCGCGUGACCACGCCCCUGUACGCGCACCCCGUCUCCGGGGUCUUCCACGCCAUCAGGAACGCCGAGCUCAACGUUGCGGCGUCGGACGUGGCGGUGGCGGACGAUGCCGUCACGCACACGCUUGUGCUGCGGUCGGCCGGGCCCGAGCGACUGACGGCGGAGACGGUGCUGGCCGCGAUGUCACGGGGGAUGACCAGCGCCACCCCCUCCCCGUGACUGUGUAUCUGCAAGUCAUAACAGUACUCACCCCGUGCGUGCAACUGCCAACUGUUAGUGCAAGCUAGUUUUCCCUUGUGACUUCAUGCCACUUGGUACCAAAAAAAUCGAAAAAGAUACAAUGGCCAAUGAGAGGGAAGAUUAAUUUUACUACUCAUUUUCCUAGCUUAUUAUUAUGUGCUUAAAUGAGAUGUAUGUACAUAAAUUAAGCCGGAGUUUGCUGUUCGAACUUGCUA